AUGGAGGGGAAAGCAGAGGCAGUAGCAAUGAAGCCAAAUAAUUAUGAAAAUCUUUCAGAACAACGAAUGAUGCAGGAAGCAGCAGCAACAGAAAAAGAAGAAAUCCAAGUGCAAUGCAAUGACACAAUUGCUUACCUAGAGAUGAACAAAAUUGAACUCAUGAGAGCUCUUGUUGAAAAGCAAGAUCCUUCUUCCAAGGUAGUAGAUGAUUAUGCCUUGAGAAGGUUUCUUCGAGCUCGGGAUCUGGACAUAGAGAAAGCUGCAGCAAUGUUCUUGAAAUACCAUAAAUGGAGGCAAAGCUUUGUACCAAAAGGAUCCAUUUCAGUGUGUGAGAUACCAAACGAGAUAGCACAGAACAAGAUGUUCAUGCAAGGUGUGGACAAACAAGGAUGUCCCAUUGCUGUAGUUUUUGGUGGCAGGCAUAUUCAAAACAAAUUAGGAGGUCUUGAAGAGUUCAAACGUUUUAUAGUCUUCGCUCUAGACAAACUGUGUGCAAGGACCUCGCCAGGAAGAGAGAAAUUCACGAUAAUCGCAGAUCUCCAAGGUUUUGGCUAUUGUAACAGUGACGUUCGUGCCUAUCUUGCGGCUCUAUCCAUCGUACAGGAUUGCUACCCGGAAAGACUUGGCAAAGUACUUCUUGUUCAUGUUCCUUACUUAUUUUGCACAUUAUGGAAGAUUUUGUAUCCUUUCAUAGACAACAACACCAAGAAAAAGAUCAUGUUUGUGGAAAACAAACGACUGACAGCAACCUUACUUCAAGAUAUUGAUGAAAGCCAGCUUCCAGAGACUUAUGGAGGCAAAAUGCAAUUAGUUCCUAUACAAGACGCCUAGGCAAGUAAUUGCAAUAAAAGCUUCAACCUGAUCAAGUUGAUGGUGCUCUCAGUUUAAUAGCUUUGAGGAAAAAUAUUACAUUGCAUAAGUAUUACUAAACAUUUAGCUUCUACAUGGAGUAUAAAAUUGAUGAUAUAUUUUCCACCUGAUCAGCGAGUUUGGUUGGCGUUCUUUUAAUGAAUCCACCUCAUCUCCAUCUAUCACUUGGAUAUGACAAACUGGAUGGCGCUCCAUCUUGACUCUGCAACAAGUGAAAAAGAGUUCAAUCAAAUCCUUUUUACGUUUUGUAGCGGUUAAAUGCAUCACUAUUUCCUUUUGCUUUUCUUUUGAAGCAAGAUACACUACUAUAUAAUGACAUUUCCAUAGAUGAGUUGCUUGUAAUAUGUCCAAGUCCAGCAACGCAGAACCACCUUUUAUUGGAGAAGCCUACAAUGAAAUCACUGCAUCAUUUGAA